GAGGAGGGGUGGAGUUCCCCAGCAGAGUAUCAGACUGUAGCUCCCUGCAUGCCAGCAGAACGCACAGUAAGUGCUGAACACGAUGUAGGGAGACGGGAUGCAUUGUAAAUAGUUUUAUUUUUUUUAAAGGUUUGCUCAUAAAACGUUCAUUAUCACUGUAAACCCGUCAAAGUCACCUUUAAUACAAAACGUUCUGUUUUAAAAUACAUUUUCACAUGGAAUCGCUGUUAUAUGAACUGAAGAAAAUUAAAAAGCAAGAGUAGAAGAAGCUCGUGUCCACAUGCCCGCUAAGGCGUAAACAAUUAAACAAAACAAACUGAUCCAGCUGGAAUACGUAGACAAAAGAACAUUCUACCAUCAUGGUGAUCAUGUCGGAAGUCGGCCCAGGGUCUCAGUCGAGUCCACCACACGGCAGGCCGCUGCAGGUCGGCUUCUAUGAGAUUAUACGGACGCUGGGGAAAGGAAACUUCGCCGUAGUCAAACUGGCUAGGCACAAAGUCACAAAAACACAGGUCGCAAUCAAAAUCAUUGACAAGACGAGACUAAACUCCUCAAACCUGGAGAAGAUCUACAGAGAGGUUCAGAUAAUGAAACUCCUCAACCACCCCCACAUCAUCAAGCUUUAUCAGGUCAUGGAGACCAAAGACAUGCUGUACAUUGUGACGGAGUAUGCAAAGAAUGGAGAGAUGUUCGAUUAUCUGACCUCCAAUGGGAGAAUGAGUGAAGGAGAGGCACGGAAGAAGUUCUGGCAGAUCCUGACAGCCGUUGACUACUGCCACAGGCACCAUAUUGUACACAGGGACCUGAAGACCGAGAACCUUCUGCUGGAUGCCAACAUGAACAUCAAACUGGCAGACUUUGGCUUUGGGAACUUCUACAAUUCGGGUGAGGCGCUGUCUACCUGGUGCGGGAGUCCCCCUUAUGCGGCUCCAGAGGUCUUCGAGGGGAAGGAGUACGAAGGGCCGCAGUUGGAUAUUUGGAGUCUCGGGGUGGUGCUGUAUGUGCUGGUGUGUGGCUCCCUGCCCUUCGAUGGGGCCAGCCUUCCCGCGCUCCGCCAGAGGGUCACCGAGGGCCGCUUCCGAAUCCCCUUCUUCAUGUCCCAAGACUGCGAGAACCUGAUCCGGAAGAUGCUGGUGGUGGACCCCGCCAAGCGCAUAUCCAUAGCCCAGAUCAAGCAGCACCGCUGGAUGCUGGCCGACCCCUCGGCCCCCCGCCAGGCACUCUCCCUCUCCCUCUCCAUCACCGACUACAACUCCAACCUGGGAGACUACAACGAGCCUGUUCUCAGCAUCAUGCAGACGCUGGGCAUUGACCGGCAGAGGACCAUUGAGUCUCUACAGAACAGCAGCUACAACCAUUUCUCCGCCAUCUACUACCUGCUGCUGGAGAGAGUGAAGGAGCACCGGGGCCACCAGCUGAGCCGGCAGUGUGGGGGCUGGGCCCAGUGGCCCCGGCGCACGUCCGACUCGGCCGUCCCGGAGGUGACCAUGGAGUGCACCGACGGCUUCAGGACCGCCUUUCCCUUCCCAGCUAAGCACUGCGCCCCUGUACAUUCCGAGAUGGAGUGCGAGUCUGGAGGAUUGUUUCAGCGCGUGGUCUUUCCGGUGGAGGCCAGCCUGAACGGGCUGCUGCAGAACCGCUCCAUCUCGCCCAACAGCCUGCUGGAGACCACCAUCAGCGAGGAGGUCCGACCCCACGACCUGGAGGAAGAGGAGGGGCUGCAGGCCGUUUCCCCCCACAGCCUGCAGGGCAACACCUCCCGGCGACACACCCUGGCUGAGGUCUCCGCUCGCUUCCACCAGUGCAGCCCUCCCUGUAUCGUGGUGUCCUCAGUCAGCCCCUCUGAUGGAGCUUCCUCAGACAGCUGCUUGAAGUCCUCAUCCUCCACCGCCAGCCCGGCCCUCUUCACCCCUGGGGAGGCCUUCCUGGCCGCCACAGCGGGUCCUGGCACUUUGGCCCCCGUUGGGACUCCCCUCACCCAGUCCUCCACCCUGCUGCUCCAAGCUCGGGGCAGCCUGCCCGGGGCCAACUUCCAGGAGGGUCGGCGGGCUUCCGACACCUCCCUCACGCAAGGUCUGAAGGCUUUCCGUCAGCAGCUGAGGAAGAACACUCGCACCAAGGGCCUCCUGGGCCUGAACAAGAUCAAAGGGCUGGCCAGGCAGGCGUGCCCCCCGGCCCCCUGCCCCAGGGGCAGCCGUGGCUCCCUGGGUCCGGUACUCUGUGCCCCCUCUGGCCUCCACACCUCCUCGGGCCCCCGGGAUGGGAGGAGCCUCCUGGAGGAGGUGCUUCACCAGCAGAGGAUGCUUCAGAUGCAGCACCAGCCACAGCCGCAGACACAGACGCAUCAGCCCUCGUCCCCGUCCUCCGGUCUCUUUUCGGCGGCCUCCCUGUUCGCCGAGCCCCCUGCCGGCCCCUCCCUCUUCCUGGCCGAACCCCAGCAGGCCCCGGCCCAAGGCCUGGCCCCGCUCGGCCUGCAGCACACCACCUGGCAGCAUUCACCUUCAUCCUCCUCCUGCUCCUCCUCCUCCUUCUUUUUCUCCCCGGCCUGCACUCUGUCUACCGUCACCACGGCAGCGCAUCUGCUGGAGGCCCGCCUGCACAUCAGCCCCCAGCCCCAGCUCCACCCCCAGCCCCAGCCCCUGCCUCACUUCUCCUUCCUGCCCCACAACCAAAGCAGCUGGGGGGCAGCUGCCAUCCCCGUUAGAGACUCGGACAUGCAGGAGCUGGGCCCCCCCUCCACAGGACAACAGAAACUCAACAGCUGUGUGAUGGUUCGGUAGAAGAGAGAAAGAGUGAGUGAGAGAGAGAGAGAGCGAGAGCUAGUAAAAGAGAAACAAACCCAAAACACACAAAACAGAACUCCUGUUUCAUUCCUAAGGGACUUGCAGUUCCUUCGCUGAGCCUAUUCUUUGCCAGCAGUGGGAAAGACGACAGACAGAAGACGUUGUAUUCAGGCCGGAUUGCCAACAGCAGCACCAGACAAAAACACAAAAAUUUAAGCCUGCGGUGCGGUGUGUCUUGACGGUGUGAAUUCGGCGUUUACGGUAGCUGUGUGAAGUACAAGCUAAGCAAAAAAAACAAAAAAAACAACAAGUGAGAAAUCCUUAAACCGUACGUGUGAACCACAUUCAUGUCUGUGCGUACGUGCAGUGCAUGCAUUGUCCAAAACAAGCAAUAACAAAAAUCCUUUGUGGGCCCUCAACCCUCGCCAUGUCCUCAGAAAAGCAAUACUGGGCUGGGACAGAGGUCUACCGGAGGCUCUGCCUCUUGUCACAGGACAGUGCGAGUUACUGGCCUCACUUGAAAAAUGAAGAACUGGCAGUCUACUGGAUACACACUUGACACGGUCAGAAAAAAAACAGGCUUAUUCCCUUCUCUUUGUUUUUACAAAAAGUGUAUCAAUGUAGGAAGGGCCUAGUUUUCCGGAAAAAAAAAAGAGUUUACUGACAAGGACCAGGGGCCUCAUUUAUAAAAAUCAUCUUGGAACUCUUUCCUAAAUGUGGGCUUACAAUCGUUUCCUAAAAUGUUCCUACAAACGAUUUAUAAAUUGUCCAUACACACAAUAAAUGUUCCGACGCAUGACCCAUUUAUAAAUCAGAAAUCAUCCUAAAAUUGUACGCGUAGGAACAAGCUUAUCAACUACACCCACGCCAUCAAAUAUAUAUGUUCAGGUGUUCUGCUCUACGGUCUCUGCAACAUCAUUGUUGCAUGAUAUAAAAUUAAUAUAAUAUAGCCAUUUUUUCUUCAUAUUUUGAUUUUGUAUAUUUCAAUUGUUCAUUGAUUUUAAGCUUUAAACUAUUAAUAAUAAUAAUAAUAAUAAUAAUAAUAAUAAUAAUAAUAAUAAUAUUAUUAUUAUUAUUAUUAUUUGGCUGUUAUAUUUUUCAUAAAGGUUUGCACACUUGAUAAUGUUAACCACAAGUGCUGCGAUCAUAGGUGUGGGGUUCAUUUCUACUUUGGGGGAGACUCACUGCUGGACCACCUGGUCUCAGGUAGUGAAAUGUCAAGUUUCGCAAGCAUGCUAGCUGGUCUAGGGACCAAUUCAUAUGAAAGUAUUGGCAGUGACAUGUCUUCCUGUCUUCCCCAAAACCUACACACAUGGCUGCAAUAGCCUGCUUAACAAUAUUGCAUCUCACAGUGCUUAUUACAAAAAUCAGGUGUGUGCGUGGUCUAAUAGUCUACACAUCUCCAUGUGUGAAAGUAUUAGCAAAGUAUUCUCAACAAAAAAAAAUGUUGAUCCUGCAGCACCGUUACAUAGUUUGACGACAGUUCCAAGUUUUAUAAAUCUUAAUUUGUGCAGUAAUUUUCUCUUAAGAUGACAUCUCUUGAAUUUAGAAUCAAAUCCUUGCGUACAAAUGUUUUAUAAAUGAGACCCCAAACUCUUCUGUCCUUUGAACAGAUCUUUGUUUGUUCUUUUGUUUUUAGAAAAGACCAAAGCUUGUUUUGUUUUCGUGCCCCUCCUCCUUAUUUACAGUAUAGUCUUGAAAACAUGCAGUAUCCAGGGUUACCAAAACUUCCAUUCAGAAAGUAGAGAAAUUAUUAGCAGCCUUUUAGUAACUAAAGCUAUUGCAAUUACUUUUUUAUUACCGAAGCUAACAAGACAAAAAUUAAGCUACUGCUGCUCAAGAAUAAAGAAAAACAGCGGUACGGCAGAAAGGGUAUGCUAGCUUGCUAAUGAAAGCACAACAGGUAAUAACGGGGUUUAAUUUUAAAAGCUAACAACAGAGCUUCACAUCUUUCUUACGCUAGGUACCAUUGGAGUUAUAUUAUACUAUGUGUUUUUUUUUUCCUGUUCACCGUAACUGAAUUUAGAAAUUACCAUGGCACCAGCUAUAGUUUUAUUAUUGUUUUUUUUCCUGAUUUUAUUUUCACACAGAUAUAUGCAUAUGUGUUUUUUGCUGUUACUCCUGGUCUGUGUCUCUUUCUUUUCAUGGCUGUAAGAUGCAUAAUUGUCAUGGCUAUGACCUUUGACACUUCUUGAGCCUAGUUUUUCAGCAGAGUAUUUAUUAUUUUUUUGUCAUCAUAUCACUACCUCCUCCAUGUGGUCUUGGUGUGCUUUUUGUUCUGGCGUAAUUCAGUCUUGCGUUCCAGGCCGCGUAGUUUACAAACCUCAGAAACUUUUCUUUUCAUCUGCUGUUGCUGCUUCAUAAAGAACAAAUUGAAUGAUUUCUCAUGUGAUAAGGCAACAUACUUUCAGGUGGCGUUGUGUAAUAAUCAAUAGCUUAUUUUAUGAUUUUCGGCAGCAGUAAGGACACGCAAGCUUAUUUGAAUUCCCUUCCCCCCUUGUGCCCCCCAUUUUCCUUUUUUUUGUGGGGUACCUAUUGGCAGAAGCAGUCUUUUAUCGCAGAGAGAACAAAGAUUUUGGGAUGUGUGCAAUAUUUCAUAUUGAAAUUGAAAAACCAAGAGAAAAAAAAAAGAUUAUAGGAAACUAUUGGCAAGUUCUUUGAGCUUGUGUUCUUUUUUUUUUUGUUGUUGCAUUUUUUGUAUGAUUGUACUUGAUUAAUUCUAAUAUGCUGACAGGAAUUAUUAUUAUUAUUAUUAUUAUGAUUAUAUAAAGGAACAACUGUAGGAAGAGGUACUUGUCAUCCCAGACAAUUUCCAGCUACUUUCUCAAUGACACAGUUUGCCUUCGUGUCUUAGCUGGCUUUGUAGCAAAAUGGCAGUAUUAGAGUAAGCCAAAGAGAAAUGAUCUGAAGAAGCACCAAAAUGCUGCUUGUAGCACAUUUAUUGUACAGACUUAACAUGCUGUAUGAAGAUGUGGAAACAGGGAUGGUUUAUUACGCCACUUUCAGUACUAGACCAAGAGUGAGGAUAGACUCUUCUUGGGGGAUCAAGUGGGAGUUGUGGCUCUCUGAAAGACAAUGGUUGUUUUUUUUUUUUUUAAACCCUUUUGUCUUUUGUUUUAAGAGUUGACUCUUAGCAAUAGAACCUUGCUGGACUUCUUACUAUGUAAUUGUUUUAAAUAAUUCAUUUUGAAGCAGUCAGUGUUGCUGGACGUAUUUGUUGUUUAUUUGACGAGACAAGUCAUUUUCGCAAGGCCACCUUUUAUUUUCAAAUGAUUCUCCUCUCAUGUACCAUCGUAGUUUUAAAAAAAUUAUUUUUGUCAUCUCCUAACAAUAAUGACCUGUUACUAUUAUUGAACUAGAGUCUUUCCAGUGGCGGUUUUUAUUUAUUAAGUCUUCCAUGAUAAAUUUCAUCAGGUUUUUUCAAAGAGAAAAGAAAAGCAUUUUGCGUCAGCUUGACCGGGCUCACCUCUACUGCUUGUGCCUUCUGAACAAGAUCCAAUGAUAAUAAUGAGUAUGAAGAAGCAGAAAGGUAGUCCAGGCCUGGGACAAGUUACAGCUGUUCUCAGGCAAGUCCAGAGAACUGAAGAAGCACACAGAAAAGGCAGAAUAAACAACCAUUUCCAGCCUUGUGGCCAGAGGUCAGACAGACCCCCCGUUGUAAUAUUUUAUUUUAAAUCGCUGUUUUAAGAAAUGCACUUUAUUAUGAAAUAUGAUAUUUCUCAUCUGAGAUUUGUAUCUUUCACUCGUGGGAUUUAGAAUUGUCUGUCCGUCCGCCCUGUUUUGACUGAUGAACAACUGUCAGAAACACUAAAGCUUGUCGUUUUCAUGUGGUUCUGUGAAAAAUGUCAUUUUUUUAUUGUUCUGAUAUGCAAGUUGACUGAAGUAUGUGUGCAAGAUGUUGGUGCGUGUAUGAUGGUUUUAUUUAUGUUGCUAUUUAUUUGAAUAAAAAAACUUCUUAAACA